AUGAACAGAGACGCUGAAAAUCCCAUAUCACGUGGUCGUGUAUUUAUAGAUUCAAACAUCCCCGGCAAGCAAAAUCAAGUGAUCAUUAAUUCCUAUCCGUUUAUUAAAAUACCAUUUCCACCGACUAUUGAUCCUCGAGAUUUAAUUACCAAGAAAGAUGAUACAUUAUCUCGAGCUCCAAAUGCUUUUAUAAUAUAUCGCAAGGCAUUUGUUGAAGCUUCCCGAGCAAAUGGUUAUUCCUUGCCAAUGACUGUCAUAUCGCAAAUCUGUUCUCGGUCCUGGGAAUCUGAAUCUGAAACUGUUCGCAAAGAAUAUAAGAGAAUAGCAAAAGAAGCGGGUAGGCUUCGUAAUGAACUAUGCCCAAAAGUUGUACGUCGUAAAAAAAGAGAAAAAUGGAACGUUGUUUCGUUUAGUAAUUCUUCAAUACCUUCCCACUCUCUGUCUAAAAAUGUAACGUCUGAUUUGCCAAAUGCUGAAAAU